AUGCCUAACGACAAGCCGACCGAGGCGGCCACGCCCAACUGCCUGGCGCAGGCGCCAACCAGUGACGGAGCCUCUACCAAUAAUACCGAAGAACCAGCCGUCACCACGACCGCACCGAGUGAACUCGCCGACAACGACGCGCCACCGAUCAACAAGCCGACCGAGGCGGCCACGCCCAACUGCCUGGCGCAGGCGCCAACCAGUGACGGAGCCUCUACCAAUAAUACCGAAGAACCAGUCGUCACCACGACCGCACCGAGUGAACUCGCCGACAACGACGCGUCACCGAUCGUCAACCCGACGCUUGCGAUCACAUCCUACGACUGCUUUGAGACGGGCGUGCAGGUCGUGCUUCUCAAGAACACCGAGCUCAUGAAGAAGGUGGCGACAAAGGAACAAUUCUUUACCGUCAUCAGUGCUUAUCAGUGCAUGGAGACACUUCAAGACGUCGUCAAGAUGCUCGAGAUUGCAGUCGCGGCGUCGCACGGCUUUGCUUGCAACACCGACAUCAAGGUGGCGACAAAGGAACAAUUCUUUACCGUCAUCAGUGCUUAUCAGUGCAUGGAGACACUUCAAGACGUCGUCAAGAUGCUCGAGAUUGCAGUCGCGGCGUCGCACGGCUUUGCUUGCAACACCGACAUCGUCCGCACUCUCGGUGACUACCAAACGCUUGUCGUCGACACGGACAUUGCCGCCGACGCGUUUCUUUGCGGGUGUAUGCAAGUGCUCAAGUCGUACAAGCUUGCAUUUGUCUUCCUUCUCAAGGGAAAUCUAGUUAAGACCAAGAAGAUGCUUCUCUCGACGUGCGAGGUCGCAGGCCGCAUGGAGGCCAUCGCGGGCAAGCUCGCGGAAAAGGCCGAGAAGGCUAUGAAGGGCGCCCAGGCAAGUCUGAAUGAGACUGUCGCCUUGAACAGCAAAAUGAAGGCGUGUACACAAGCCAAGGCGAAUGUACUGGAGAAAAACCCCGAAGCUCAUGUCAAGUGCUGCGAUACCGAUAUCGCGGCCACGGAGCUCGCAGUGGAAAAUGCCGCAGAGGACCGCCGUAAGCAAGGACACGUCGAAACCACGGACACGACAUCUUCGUCGUCCUCGCGCUCGCACGCCAGCGAGGUCUCGCGCCAGGGCGAGCGCGACGACUGCAUCAAAGCGCUCGAGGAGCAGUACAAGGUCAACCAGGCCAUUACCACCAUUGCGUGUCAGCUUGCGAGCUAUCAUGGCAAAGGCAAAACGUGUGACCAAGCGAUUGCCGCACUCAAGUUGAUCGUCACAGCGCUUGGUGGCAUCAAGGCCACGUUUGAAAAUGUGCGCGAUUUCUGGUCCACGCUCGCUUCCAAGCUGUGGGGCGCCGACAUGUGUUGCGACUCGCUGACAAACGAAUGGCACGAGUGGGUUGCGCUCGCUAAGGUCAACUACGCAGCCGUCCAAGGAAUGAAGGACGUCAAGACGAAAGUGCACGGCGUCAUGUCCGAUUUGCCCAACUCGGCGGAAGCGAACGAGCGCCUACCACGUCUCCUCAAGGAACUCCAAGAUAUGCUCGAGGCAAACCAAGCGCAUAUCGGACACCAAUGGACGAAACAGCAGCCAUCAGCGAUGCAGUCCGUUUAA